AAUGGAGAUUUCGGUGGAUAUAUCAAACGAGGAUUUCAUUUAUCAUUUACCAAAUGCCAUUAUUCUUGUGUGUUACAUCGUUCUAGGAAGUCUGGGGAAUGUUUCCGUACUUAUAGUGUACAUGAAAGACAUGAAAAAUGUCUUUAGUUCUGGACGCCUUUUUAUUCCGUUCCUGGCUUUUGUUGACCUUAUUACACUUAACUACAAUGGUUGGGUAGAAUUUGCAUCAGAAGUUCAGCAAUUCCAUGAGUCCAAGGACAAAGAAUUGGCAUGUAAGAUCAAUAAAUUCAUUGGUCUUAUUCUGGUUAUAACUUCCGGUUGUAUUUACUUCGCCAUCGCAGUCCACAGGUAUAUCUUAAUUUGCAGACCCCAUAGUAAAGAAUUUACACUGAAAGUUAAAAUCGCUGUCAUGGUCACAACAGUACUUUUUAUCGUGGGAGUGUCUGUUCCAAAUUAUAUUUUCUCUGGAUUCACUUCAAUUUCGAUAAAGUCGAAAAGAUUUAGAAAUGAAACAGAGACCGUCUUUAUAUGCGGCACGGACGAACACUUUGAAAAUGCUACCAGCUCAAAUGCAUAUCACUACAUUUUGACGGUAAAUUCUCUCAUCUGGAGUUCCUUAAUGGCCAUAAUUUAUAUAUUAGUGGGCAGAAGAAUACGCCAAAGAAUAAAAGAAACAUGCCCAAAACCUCACACAAAGGACGAUGACACAAUUUCUAGUGCCACAGAUUCGGCAAAUCAUGGCCGUAUCCCCGAUCAUUCACAAAGGCAGAAACCCAGACUUGUGAAACAAAUAACAGCCAAGUCUAUCACAACAUUCAUCACCAACAAUCGUCUAUCCUGGAUGUUUAUUCUGAUGACUGUACUCAAUGUUGUAUGUUAUGUACCGAAGCUGAUACUGGAUAUUCAUUUCAAUAGAGACCGGUACUUCUUCAUUGGAAAACCUAUGUCACUCUGUUUACUGCUAGUGUUUUUUGAUAACUUCUAUCUUUUUAACAACGUAGUUAACCCGUUCAUUUAUGGGUUCUUUGACAAAGAGUUUAGAAAUAGAUUUAAGAAGAGAUUUUGUACAUACUGUAAGUGACAAUUAUAAGACAUAUUAUGGUAUACAGGGAUAGAAUUGCCACAACUUAUUUUGAAAGUCUGUAAUCUAUGAAUUUUUGGGCAAUUCGAAAUACAGCACAAUAACUGUUAUAAAUGGACUUACAAUAUUGACUACUAAUUUAUUAGAACGAUCAACUUUCAAAAUAUUUUUAUUCUAUAGUCCAAGUAUUUAUUUCACUGUAGCACAGUGAAUAUUUUCAAUAGUUUGUCCUGUACAUCAAUAGAGAAGAGCACCAAUAUUUGACAGAAAAAAAAGUUA